AGUUCUUUGCUUUUUCAGGAAACAAACGGGAUGAAAGUCCAGGGCUGGAACUUCCUCCCUGGUGUGUCUGACAAGGACUGACGUACUCCGGACUCUUUGAAUCCCGGAAGUUCAGGACACACCCAACCUCGCACGCGGAGUGUGGGUGAAAGGACAAAGUCAAGGAGCAUUUCACCAUGAGGGACCCGCUAACAGAGUGUUCGUAUAAUAAAGCAUACAAGAACCUAAAGGAGUUUUCUCAAAAUGGAGAGAAUUUCUGCAAGCAGAUCACAUCUGUUCUUCAGCAAAGAGCAAACCUGGAGAUAAGCUAUGCCAAAGGACUUCAGAAACUGGCAAGCAAGCUAAGCAAAGCUCUACAGAACACAAGGAAAAACUGUCUCAGCAGUGCCUGGGCCUGGGCCUCGGAGGGCAUGAAAUCCACAGCCGACCUGCAUCAAAAACUUGGCAAAGCAAUCGAGUUGGAAGCAAUAAAACCAACUUAUCAAGUCCUGAAUGUACAAGAGAAGAAGAGAAAAUCACUUGAUAAUGAAGUUGAAAAGACAGCAAAUCUUGUCAUUAGCAACUGGAAUCAGCAAAUUAAGGCUAAGAAGAAAUUAAUGGUGAGUACCAAGAAGCACGAGGCACUUUUCCAGCUUGCAGAAAGCUCCAAGCAAUCUCUGAAUGAGAAAGAGAAGCGGAAGCUCUUGAAUAAACUGAAGAAAUCAACUGAGAAGUUAGAAAAGGAAGAUGAAAAUUACUACCAAAAAAAUCUGGCAGGCUGUUCUACCAGACUGAAAUGGGAAAACACACUAGAAAACUGCUAUCAGAGCACCCUGGAGCUGGAGAAGGAAAGAAUUCAGCUUUUAUGCAAUAACUUAAACCAGUACAGCCAACAUAUUUCUCUUUUUGGCCAAACCUUGACCACAUGCCACACACAGAUUCACUGUGCCAUCGGCAAGAUUGAUAUUGAGAAAGACAUCCAGGCUCUGAUGGAAGAAACUGCAACUUUAUCAACAGAAAAUAAAUCUGAGUUCCUAUUAACCGAUUACUUUGAGGAGUACCCUAACAAUGCAAUGGAUAAAGAGAGACGAAAGUCUUUCAUAAAACCAAAAUUGUUGAGAUUGCAAAGAGACAUUGAAAAAGCCUCAAGAGACAAGGAAGGCCUGCAAUGGAUGCUUAAUAUGUACUCCAGCAACUCCUCCUUCUCCGACACAAAGAGCCAGAAAGAGAUGGCAGCAUUAAUGGACGAGAACAAUUUGAAGCUAGACCUUUUGGAAGCGAACUCCUAUAAACUGUCAUCAGUAUUAGAAGAACUAGAGCAGAGACCUAAACCCAGCCAUCCCUGCAGUACCUCCAUCUUCAAGUGGAAAGACAAGGAGUAUACUCAUAGUUAUGUAAAAAUAUCUCGGCCUUUUUUCAUGAAGAGACUAGAGAAUGUUGUGAGCAGGAUAUCUUCUGAUGGCCAGAGAAAUCCAAGUUCAUCUUCAGCCUCUGGUGUGGCCCAGCUUGGCAACGGUCUCUGCAAAGCCUUAUAUUCUUUUCAAGCCAGGCAAGAUGAUGAGUUGAAUUUGGAAAAAGGUGACAUCGUGAUUAUACAUGAGAAAAAAGAAGAAGGAUGGUGGUUUGGAUCUUUAAAUGGUAAAAAAGGCCAUUUUCCUGCCACUUACGUGGAGGAGCUUCCUUCUGGAGCCAGGAAUACAGCUACACAGGCAUAGUGGUGCGGCUCCAGACACACUGUUCCCAUAUUCUGUGAGCUAAGGAGACCGUGCAGUGCAAAUAAAGAUAAAACUGUAUUAGUUUUUACAAGUUUUCAUUUUUAAAUGGGCGAGGCAGUCCCACCUGUCCAUCACAGCACUUUGCACUCAUGGUUAUUUGCCCCAGACACAGUCGGAUAGAUGAUGGAUGGGUGGAGGGAAGCAGGGAAGAGGCUCCAUGGUUCCUAGAGUUUUUGAAUUCUAAGAGACCCUACAGAUGAUCCAGGACAACCCCCAGUGUCACAGAAAAAGAGACUGCGUCCAGGGUGGGUUCAGCAGCUCUCCUGAAGUCACGGAGUUUCAGCACAAAAGCAGUUUAGACUUGGCUGUCCUUUUGCUCCGGACUUGGGUGGCAACAGGGCACAGCAGGCGUGGGCGAUGAGGAACACAGAUCAACUCCAAGAACAGAGACAGGCAACCAAGACUCCAGUGAGACCAACCGAAGUUAGGGGACAACAGAAUCAAAAGCAAAAAGCUGCAGAAUCGGUAGAGGGUGACAGACAAGAGAUCCUAGGCUGAGGGCAGAAGGAUUUCUUCCUGAGGCAGUGAUCCGAGGCAGGAGCUACCUGCUGCCUGCCACCAGAGCUGCUCAUAGAGUGAGGCCAGGUCUGAGACAGACAUGGCUGGGGAUACGAGAACAAGAGCAAAGUGGGCAGGAAAGGGUUAGUAGAUAGUGCCCCCAAUUUCAUGCCCCCUUGCCCAUUCGGAAACUGCAUUUACCAAUUCAGAAACAAGAAAUUCUAUACUUCCCAACAAAGUCAUUAUGGAAAAAAUAUCCUAAGCAGCUUCCAAAUAAAAGGAACCUUAAAUGCUAAUGGGUCUUUAAAUCAGAUGUUAAGUUCUGGAA